AUGUCGAAAACGCUUGCUUCCCGUAUGUCGAUAUGCUGCUGGCGAUCCCUAUUUCCAGAGCUUCGACCACAGCAUUUUCGGCGUACACUAGUCACCCUACAGCGCGGCCCGGCCGAGAAGCUCGACGUACCCUCCGAUCUACCCUCGCAUUACUGGUCUCAAAUACCAGAAAGAUUCAGACCUGAUAGAGGAAAACGAGAGAUUGUAGUACAUCAAUCGCCCCGAUCUGAGGCCGAAACCUGCAAAGACCCCGUCUCCAUCGUGGACAGUCGACAAUUGGCUCUACUGGAUCCCACAGGAGCGCGGGCCAAACUGUUUGACAAAACCAACAAGGACCGUGCAAAGGUUGGAGAUAUUCUGCUGGCAACCUUCACUUCCGGGGAACCAGUUUCGGGGGUGAUUCUGUCAAUCAAAGGCUCAGCGCCUCACACGUCGGUGCUGUUGCGCAACCAUUUGACAGGGAUAGGCAUGGAAAUGCAAAUCAAGGUGCAUAGUCCACUGGUACAGAGCAUGGAGAUAGCCCAGAGAGCGCCGAAGAGAAAGAGGCGGGCGAGAAUCUACUACCUGAGGAAACCAGAGCAUGACACUGGAAGUGUGCAGAAAGUGGUCGACCAGUAUCUGAGGCAGCGAGCCAUGUUAACUGGUGGAAGACCGUCAAGCCAAUUGGGACGUUCGAGACCGAAGAAAGGGAAGAGAUGA